GAAGAAAUAUUUAAAAUGUUUAUGUAAUAUUUUUCUAUUCAACUAACUCUUACCAUUUACUUUUGUCUUAUAGAGUGAGACAGAAACUGCGACCCAAUAUUUUUCUCUAAGUGAGGGAGAGGAGACACAAUCAAGCAGAAAGAAUCAAGCAGAAGAAAAUCUCAAGGAUACUACAAAACAUACAACUGAGCUAGUUUCCACAGAUGUUUCGAAGACACAACCUCUUACACAGCCUCUUACACAGCCUCUUACUCAGCAAACACAGCACCUUCAGACAAGUGAGGGAGAGCAAUCCGAUGAGACACCAUCAGAGCAGAAUCAAGCAGAAGAAAAUCUCAAGGAUACUACAGAACCUACUACUAGCUAGUUUCCACAGAGCCUACUACUGAACCUACUACUGAGCAUGUUUCAAAGAUACCGCCUAUUACUCAGAAAACAGAGCAUCUUCAGACAAGUGCUAUAGAUUUUUCAGAAACAAACGAGGUAUGCAUCGAGUAUAUUUGAUCUUUAAUUAUUAUUCUAACAAUUUGAAACCGCUGAUGUUACUGAAUCUUCAUUUUUCAUAGGUUGAAGUAAGCAGGCUUCUAGCUUACUUUCAAAUAGGCGCAGAGGUUGAGAUUUUGUCUACUGAUGACGAAAUAUGGUAUCCAGGAAAGGUUGUUGAUCUUAAACUGUGUGAAGGACUAGAGGAGCUGACAGUUGAGUACACGACACUCUUCGCAGACCAACAUAGACUUCAGAAACUUCAGGAUACUAUCACGGCUGACAAAAUACGUCCUGCAACACCAACUAGUGACCAAAAAUCCUUUGAGAUGAUGGAUAAGGUAGAAGUCUUUUACAACAAUGGCUGGAGCAGCGGACAAAUUAGCAUGGUACUUGGUGAUAACACAUACUCGGUGUGUCUCUAUACUUCUAUGGAAACUAUUCUAUUCAAACAUUCAGAUUUGCGAAUUCAUAGAGAAUGGAAAGAUGGAGUCUGGAAGAUGGCAGAUAAGGUGAAGCCUGAUAAGAAAAGGAAAGCUGCUGCCUCAUCACAAAAUUCAGGAAUGGAUAAUGUUUUCCUAAGAAGGAGCGAGAGGGUGCCUAAACGAUCUAGAGACACAAAAACUCCAUUCAAGUCUGACAGAAAUCCGGCUUUAACUGUAAUACCUGAGAUUAUACCUGCAGUUGAUCCGUUUUCAACUCCUGCGGAACAUAAGCUUUCAAGGCUUCAAAAUUGGAUGACAUUAAAGCCCGGCAUGCAUGAAACGUCCCUAUCAAUCAAUGAUAAUAAGAUAAGGAAAUCUUUCUUUCAAAGCAUGGAAAAUGCAAAAAAGGACCUUAAGAAAGAGCACAUUGAUGGAGCCUUUGCAAUGCUAAAUUGCAGAAGAAAUGAGAAUGCUGCUUGGUUCCACAACUACAAGAUUCUAAAGGCGUGCUUCCUACCUAUGGAGUUCUUGCAUUGCUUGCUCUCUCAUGAUUUGGCAUACAAGAAAGAAAAGGUCAAAGGUAAAAAGAUUUUCAACGAUUUAUUUAAAGAUAUUGUAAGAGAGAAGGUAUAUCCAGAGAAGACAUGGGGAGAAGAUGUUGAUGUUGUGUAUGGGAUUACUCUUGGAAAAAAAAGCAAUGUCUGGAUUGGGAUGGAAAUUCAUUUGAAGAAGAAAAGAAUCACAGUAUAUGAUUGUUUUCAAAAGGAAAGCAACAACAUUGAUAUUCCUCAAGUGAAAAAGUUGGCAGUGUUGAUUUCUGAUCUGCUGGUGGAAUCUUCUGGUGAUGAGGUAGAUAAAGUGAAGAUGAUUCCAUUUGAGGUUGAGCAGGCACAAGGUUUACCCAAGACAAAACAUCCUUUCAACUGUGGGAUAUUUCUUGUCAAGAUUCUGGAGUGCCAGUCAUUGAAGAUAGGAGACAUGACAAAGAUUAAUGAUGACAAUGCAUUGGAGCUAAGGAGAACCUUGUCUUGUGAGAUCUUCAACCAAUUUGUGGAUGAGAGCUUUGGGAAAUGAGAAUGAUGCAUCAAAACAUUUUUUGUUUUAGUUAAGACUCGGUUUUAGUUAUGACUGUUUAUUUUGUUAUGUUGUUGGCGUCUGGUUACAUAAGAAAGAUUGGAAGGAUAUCAAGUAUUUUUUUUGGGUAUCA